GGAACUGUAGGGUGGGUAGCAGAGGGGCCAGAGUGCACAGGGAAGGGAUGGAGGGACUGAUCAAGUCCGAGCACGCUGCAGGAGUAAAUGGAGGGACUGAAAAGGCACGCCAUGGACAACGGAGAGGAGCGGUGCCUUCCGAGGGGAGCAGGGAGGGAUCUGAGCCUGCGUGGACAGAGAGGAGGGGAUGGACACGCACGCGUGGGCAUGGCCAAACAGCGCGGGAUGGGGUGGAACGGAGGUUGGAGGGGAGUGGAGGGCUCUGCAAGAGGGGGACAGAGGGGUACGCAGCGGGGAGCGGGGAGCGGUACGAGAGCGCAUGGCGGGUGGUGGAGAAGUGAGUGCACGCGGGAUUUGAGCGUGUGCGGAGGGUGACGGGGGGCAUGAGCACACGCACAGGGGAGCGCAGGGGACCUGGUGGCACGUGGGGUGGGAAGGAGGCGCCCCUGGGGCACGCGGAGAGGAGCAGCGUACGCACCAUGGGUGAAGCAGCAGGGUCUGAGCGUCCCGAGGCCGUGGGUAAGAACAGCAGGAGAUGGCGGAGAGCUGAGGGGUACGGGGUGGGGGGACCCCAGCACUUGGUGGAGCAGCAGGUGGGGUCCGUUUGUGCACGGUGGUCCCCGAAGGGGCAUGGAGCCUGAGCGGAGGUUUCUGAGGGGCUGGAGCAGGGUCCAAGGGCUGAGGGGAACGGGGUGCAGGCGGGAAGCCCUGGAGCCCCAGGGGGAAGAAGCCUGGUGGGACUGACCUUGGCUGUCCCCAGGGAGCCUCUGCACGGCCCAGAGGAGCGGGGCAGCCCCCAGCACCCCCCCUCGCCAGCAAGGCUUGGAGCCAUGCCAGGAAGAUCCGUGGGAGCUGCAGCAGCCUCCGGCUGCCCCUGGCAACGGUGUUGUGCUGCCGCCAUCUCGGCUGCCCCGUGUCCCAGCUCCUCCGCACCGGCCCCUCGGCAAGGAGGGGACGCCGGGUGAGAUGUCCUUCAACCUGGAGAAGCAUUUGCACACAGCUUUCCGGGAGAAGCUGCGGCUGCACAGGACGGUGCCAGCAUGGGAUGCCGCCGCACUGCUGCCCUCCACACGCUUGAUGCUGAAGAGGCGGGAGGUGGCAGAGGUGGACCAGGUGCUGCAGAGCCAGCGGGAGGAGUUUCAGCACAGGAUGGAGCGCCUGGAGGAGCGCCGGCAGCAGCUGGGCCAGCGGAAAGACCAGCUCCAGGACGUCAUCCUCAAAUUCGAUGCCUUCCUCAAGGCUUCGGCGGCGAGGCAGGAGCGGGCACUGCGGCGGGCAGGCGAGGAGCGGGCACGGGCGGCGGGGCAGGGCGCUGAGGCUGCCCGCCUGCACCAGGAGCUCACGGGGCUGCUACAGCGCAGGGAGCGCCUGGCCCGGCGCCUGCGGAGCCUCCGCAGCUUCGGUGACUACCUGCGGGACGUGCUGGCCCGGACAGGGCAGUUCCAGGACAUCCCAGCCAUGCUGACCCAUUUUGGGGCGCUGGUGGGGGCACGGGCAGCCCUGGAACAGCAGGCAGAAGCCAGGCAGGAGCAGCUAGCCCAGGGCUGGGCACAGCUCCGGCAGUACCAGGAGGAGGCUGGCAGCAAGCUCCUGCACACCAACAACGAGCUGACCCAGCUCCGUGCACAGCUGGAGGCCGCCCGCCAUGAUGUGCUCCAGGGGGAGUCCCGCUGGGCUCACAUCCAGAGUACGGCCGCCCAGAAGACCCUGCUGCUGGGGCAGAUCAAGCUGGCAGUGCUGAACCUCUUCCAGCUCGCCACCACGCGGCUCAAGGUCCCCAUGGACGUGGCCCUGGAGGACACCGAGGCCCAGCUGGACACGGUGCUGCUCUGCAUGCAGGACCUGGCUGCCAUCUGUGCCGAGCUGCGCCCCAGGCAGCCGGGGCCAUGUCCCCCACGCUUGCCCAUGGCUACCAGCACGCGCCCACUGCGCCAGGGACGGGCCAGGGUGCCUCCAAGCCAGGAAUAGCGCCUGGGAACAACUGCCCACUCCUGGGGCUGGGGAGAGAGUGCCAUGACCAGCACAGGGCCACAGGACCCCCGCCACCUGCCCUGGGGAUGGAGAUCACUCCCUGACACGUCUGGGAAUCCCCAUGAUGAGAGCUGACACGGAUGGCAGUGGCUGACGCACUGAGACACCACCACAUCGGGGCUGGGGCCAGGGACCCUCAGGGCAGAGCCCGACCCCCUGGGGUACCCUCCUGCAAGGGGUGCCGUGGGCAGCGGGACCCAGCCGCCACAGAGGAAGGGGGAGCUGCUGCUCGUGUAUGUCUGAGGGUGUCUCCUGUCAAAAUAUAACCUGACGGUGGACCCACAGCACCUGGUUAUUUUAGGAGUGCGCCUGGGGGUGGCCCAAGGUGGGAAGAAUUACCCUCCCAGCACGCUGCUCACGGCAAGGACAAAAAGGAGU